AUGGCGCGAACAAAGCAGACGGCGCGCAAGUCCACGGGCGGCAAGGCGCCCCGCAAGCAGCUGGCCACGAAGGCCGCGCGGAAGAGCGCGCCCGCGACGGGCGGCGUCAAGAAGCCGCAUCGCUACAGGCCCGGCACGGUGGCCCUGCGCGAGAUCCGGAAGUACCAGAAGUCCACGGAACUGCUUAUCCGCAAGCUGCCCUUCCAGCGCCUCGUGAGGGAAAUCGCGCAGGACUUCAAGACUGACCUCCGCUUCCAGAGCAACGCCGUGCUGGCGCUUCAGGAGGCGGCCGAGGCGUACCUCGUCGGCCUGUUCGAAGACACGAACCUGUGCGCCAUCCACGCCAAGCGCGUGACCAUCAUGCCCAAGGACAUCCAGCUGGCUCGCCGAAUCCGCGGAGAGCGCGCUUAG